UUUGUUUCAUUAAUUAUUACACAAAUCUGUAUUGUUUUAGUAAAACAUUUGAGCUUAUUUUAAUGUGAAAUAUAUAUCAAUUUGAAGUCUGAAUGAGCUGACUUCAGGCAAGUCGAUGAACAAACCAAAUGCCUUCACUGUGGGGUCCCGUGGCUGGGCCGGGAUCUUGCCCACGUGUUUGGCGUCCCUCAGCUCCACCCCCCACGGUGGCCUUGAGAGUUUGAUGGAACAGUCUUCGUUUACAACAUCACCCCACCCCCCGUUUCACAAGUAACAUGCGUGUGUUUGUUGUAUCAUGUUAACAGAGUGUGUCUGUGUGUUUCUCCACGUGUUAAGUGUGUGCGCAGACUCCAGAGGGAGGGCGCACUGCGGGCUCUGUUUGCUCUUAACAGCGUCCCGAGUGUUUCUCACGUGGUUACAUGUUCUAACGUGGACGGCAUUUUAGAGCACUUUUUAAAAUCACAAAAGUAAUGUGUUCUUAUUACAGAAAGUGAUUUCUUACGGAAGAUGAUGAGGUGAAAUGUCAAAAUGGAAACCACCGCGGGGGGCCUGUCGUGGUAUCUCUGGGACCCAAACAGCCUCCCGCACUCACUGUUCUGAAACUUGCUUCUGGCAGUUCCUGGUCUGUCUUUGGCAUCUUUUCUUUGUGUUGGUUUGUUGAGUUCGGCCACAUCUUUCUGAAUGGCUCAGUGGUCCUCUGCUGUGUGUGCCCAGCCCAUUUGCUCAGAGGCUCCCAGAUGGCCGUGCGCUGGCCAGCAGGACAGCACCGGGCAUUCCUAGUCCGCAGAGGGACCUUCUGUGACAGGUCAGGUGCAAGGAGAGUCUGCUCCCCUCUGGGCCCCGCUGAAGCCACCCUGCCAAAGUGCAGUGCCACUCCGACUUGCCGGAGCCGGUGUCUCCUGUCACAAUGCACAGGCGUAGCUUCCAGGGUCCCUGCAACAGAUGUACCUGUCGCGGGAGUCACUGUCCUGAGGGAAGCCCAGGGUGUUUCUGCGUCCUAUACAGCGUCUGCCGGAGCAGGUGCCGUGUGCCAGUCGUGGUCUUUCCCUAAGCAGUGCCCCUUGGUGAUGUUCACCCCACAUGCCACCUUCCAGGGGCCAGGGGAGGAGCCGAGCAUGGAGCUGGAGGUCGGCCUCUCCCUCCGCCCCAGCGCAGACCUGGGUGUCCAGGCUGCUCCUCUGGGCUCAGCGCAGGGCAGGAGUCUUCUCAAGUCUUCGCCGGUUCGUUCUCUCCACACCUGGGACGCUGUCAGCUGUGUUCGGACUCCAUUCCGGGACUCCGAGGGCUGACAAGAGUGGUGAGAUCGACCGUCAUCGGGAACAAUAUGAAAAUCUGAAAUGGAAGCUGGAGAGAAAACUCGAGGAGCUCGACGGUGAACUUGCUCUGCAGAGACAGGAACUGCUGCUGGAGUUUGAAUCUGAAACGCAGAAGCGGGAGCACGAAUUCCGCCUGCAGGCUGACAGCAUGAGCAGCGUGGUCUUAUCCCACGAGCUCAAGGUUAAACUACUGAACAAAGAGCUCGAGGCUCUGCGAGAGGCUGGAGCAAAGGCUGCGGAGUGUCUGCAGAGGGCCGAGGCCGCGAACUCGGAGCUGGAGGGGAAGCUGCAGCACCAAGCCUGGGCGUUCCGGGACCUGGAAGCCGUGAAGGAUGCCCAGAUAAAGGACUUAGAAGAUAAACUUCACUCUGUGCAGCUAACCAGGGAAAAAGAGGAGGAGACGUUUAAGAGGAAGCAUGAGGAGCUCGACCGACUGGCCAGGGAGAAGGACAUGGUGCUGGCGGCAGUGAAGGGAGCCCACGCGGAGCAGCUGCGGGCGCUGGAGGCCAAGGUUCGGGAGCUGCAGGCCCACCGCGAGAGCAUGGAGGUGCAGCUCCGCAGGGCCGAAUGGAGGCAGGCGGACGCCGGCCAGGAGAAGGACGCCGUCAUUGACAGACUUCGUGAAGAUGCGUCAGCCCUAAAAUCUGCCUGGGAUGCCCAGAUCGCUCAGGUGUCCGAGGAGAUGGUCUCCAAAGAGCUUCAGGUUCAGACGCUGCAGCAGGCAGAGUCCAGGCUCAAGGCACAGCUGGCCGCAUGUCAGCAGGACAUCGACAGGUACAAACAGCAGCUGUCACUGGCAGUCGAGAGGGAGCAGAGCCUGGAGCGUAAGCAGGUGCAGCUGGGCCUGGACUGGCAGCGCCGCUGUGACAACGUGGAAAGGGACCAGAUCCAAAAGUCAGAGGCUUUGGUUCAGGGUCUGACCUCGGCGAGAGACCAGGUGGCCGCUAAGCUGCAGGAGGCAGAGCGGGUGCUGCGGGAGCAGGAGGCGGAGCUGAAGGCUGUGACCUCGGAGCGAGACCAGGCCUUGCAGGUGCUGAGGAGGCAUGGGCUCCCCGCGCCGGGGGCACAGAUACUCCUAGGGCAGCAUGGAGAAGAAAUCAGUAAAGAUUUUCCGUCUAGUGAGAUCCGGCAGCUGCGAGAGCAGAAUGCGAGUCUGCGGAACGCUGUUGCCCAAAUGAGGAGAGACAUGGAGACGCUCAGCGAGCAGAUCCCUCCUUCUGCCCCGCGGGGAGGAGACCGGCCGGGCCCAGAGGCUGGAGGAGACCCCGCCACUCCCGAUUAUGUUCUGGCCUUUGAAGCAGAGGUAGAAAAUCUAAAGCAUAAGUUUAAAACAUUGGAAGAACAACUGAAAGAUGUGUUGGACCCUCUGAGGAUGUCCUCACCACACAGCAGUGCCCGACCCAGCGUCCACACCUCGGAGGCCACUGCAGGAUCUGUCCAAGCUGGCCACAUGUCCACUGGAUUGGCGUUCAGGAAGCUUGGAGACAGAGUGCUUCUCUUGAACUUGCUGGUGACUCGGCUCAGGCAGAAGGUGUCGCAGAAGCCCCUGGAGCUGGACACUGUCCAGCGCGAGCUUCCCCGUGAGGUGAGCCAAGUGCACCUGGAGGUUUUGGAGCUUCGGAUGCAGGUGGCUGAGCUGGGGGUGCAUCUCGGGAUGGCCCGGCAGGAAGGAGGGGAGCCCUCAGGCGGGAAGCAGCCGCGAGCCUUGGACUCUGCAGCCCUCAGGAGAGAGGGCGUCGAGGACGCUGUGCCUGUGCAGGCUGAGGGCCAGAGGGAGCCCCUCGUGCACCUGCGGCCAGGGCCACCGCCCCCGCAGACCCCGUCUGUGCACCAGCUCCAGAGGAAACUGAAGGAAGCAGCCAGAAAAAUCCUCAGCCUCCACCUGGAGAAGGAGCAGCUCAUCGAGAUGGGGAACAGACUCCGUGCGGAGCACGUCCACCCUAAAGGUGAGUUCUCGAGAGCAGGAGCAUCGGCCUGGGGUGGGGGGCAGGUUCUGGGGUGUGUGCCCCACGGUCGAGGGGAGGAGGCCCAGAUCGAUCCGCUGGCACCUCUGAGAGCCAGGGGUCGGCAGGAGGGCUGUGGCCCCAGACUCACCAGGAAGCCGCUCGCUGUGGAGCGAAGCCCAGGCAGAAGUCGCAACGUCCGCCUCAGCGACAGGCCUUCUGCGAGCCCGCUGUUCUGGCAGCGUCUGUGAGGACAGCUCCUCCAGGUAGCGAAGCAGCUGGGGUUCUCUGCGGCUCGUGGAGAGCAGCAGAGGCUGCCGUGUCCCCGGGCGGGGCUUCCGCAGAGAAGGCAGCCAUGUGUCCUGAUAGAGACCAAGGCCGGGACCGUGACACGCACACGCUCAGGCUGGCUCCUGGGAAAGGCGGGUGGCUUGCGCCUGAGGCACGCCUGUUCCCAGCACGCACGGCAGACUGCGCUCAGAAGUGCCCAGCGCCACCACGGAGGGACGGAACUCCAGCCUGAAGAUCCAUGGGAAAUCCACUAAAGUGGCCAGACACGGUGCACAUGGCCUUUUGUGGGGAGAGGGUUCUCACACCCUCUCUGGGUGGGCACUGUCCGGUGACAUUGGCCAGGCGGCGGCUCUCAGACUGUUUGUGUCUAGUCCCCUUCGAUUUUCCUGCAGCGCCAAAGCACAUGCCCCAUUUCUCACCAGCCUCCCUUGCCUCACACAGCCUCUGCCACGUCUCCUCCUCCAGCCGGACCCCGACUGCCGGGUCUGAGUUGCCAUGGUGGCCCCCGGAGUGUGGGUGCUGGGGUUCCACCCCUUGUCCAGUGGCGUGUAGACCACACCCACUCCAGCCCGUGUGCUGACAGCUAAGGGGAGGCCGGGGCCUGGGGACCACGCCAUGGGACAGGCAUGAGCCAGACCUCACCUGUGACUUAACCCAGGUCCUCCUCAGACCACUGUUCACUUGAGUUGUUUGGGGAGAGAGUUGUCAUUGAGGCUUUGUCCUACUAAGAACCUAGCCCUGGAAAGAGGAGUAGCAAACAGUUCUUGGUGGUUGGUAUUUCUAGUUGUUAGUGGUAAACAAGGGAUGUGGACCUGCCUGCCUCAUGCUACCUGCCUCGUCAGGGACCCAUGAACGCAGGGGCAGGCCUGGGUGGGCUGGUGCCCCAGUCACAGCUUGGCAUCUCUUGGGACCAGCGUUGAUGGAAGCCGCUCUUGCCUGUCCCCUUUCUCUGGCCAUCUUUCCGCCAGGGUGACAAGGGCCUUGUCAAGUCCAUGCCUGAGCUCACGGCCUCCUCCCUUGUCCCUGUCACUUCAUGGUUGGCAACUGUAGUGACUUGAGCAUUGUGGUUCCGUCUUCCCUCUCUUAAUUCCAUCCUAUUCUAUCAUCUUGUACACUGGCAACACCCUUCCCUGUCUGAGCCUUGCUGCUCUUUGACCUUGACCUCCAUGCCUGGUUCUGCCAAUACCACCACAGACUCUGACUGCAGCUGUGCUUCCCACUCUGACCCUUCAUUCCAGGGAAUUCAUCUUUCUCCCUCAUUGUGGGUUCUUUAGUCGUACUAGCCUAUGGCCAAGUGUUUCAGUGAGUCCUGCAUCCACGCGCCCAUCCACCUGCCCACCCGUCCAUCUAACAACUCACCCACCCAUCCACUCAUCCUUCCAUCCACUCAUUCUUCCACCCACUCUUCCUUCCAUCCACCU